AUGCCAGAAUUUCUCAAUGUACAUCCAGGAGCCGCUGUGGAGAAGUUAGCGAGUAGAUCAUCACCAGAUGGUUACUUACGGUAUUCCGUAGUAGGUCCACAUACUUCGGGAGCAGACAUGAAUUUUGCGCAGUUGAAGUCUUCCUUCUUAAAUCUUGCGAGAAAAUAUAGGACAGAGGAACAUUUCAAUGUUGAGGACUUUUGUGCAAGUGUACAGCAUCACGUAACUCGACACAUCGCUUCAAAACUGCAUAAUUGUCUUGAGUACCUAAGCGCUUCCAAUCAGUUGCAUGACGUGAAGCAUGUUGUGAUAAGUGGUGGAGUGGCUGCAAACAAUUAUAUUUGUAAUGGAAUUGGAAAACUUGCUCAUUUACACGGGUUAGAAAUUGUAAGGGUACCUCCUCGAUUAUGUACAGAUAAUGCGGAGAUGGUUGCGUGGAACGGUAUCUUGUGUUUGAAAGAGAGUUCACAAAAUAUCCAUCGAUAUCCCGACAUACCAAAUUCUAUAUAUGCUCAUGCCCGUUAUCUCAUCGGUGCUGACUCUCGCGCCCUGGUCCCUUCAAAGCCUACCAGGAAACUUGGAGUAACAUCUGUACAUGAUAAUUUACCGCUAAAAGUUUUUGACAAAGAAAUUCUAAGGAAACAGCAUGAAGAGGCAUCCAUAGCCAAGUGA